GCAUUUAGCAGUCUGUCUCUCACUCUGAUACAUCUGGGGUGAUAACCUGUUUGCAGUCCAGCUUGCAGGAUGAGAGGCAACCUGUGGAGCUGUCUGUUGGGAUUACUGUUCAUGCCCAUUGAGGCGAAAUCCCCCCCAGGGACAGCUUUUCAGAAUCCCUCAUCUAUCUCUUAUGUGAGAGUCAACUCAUCUGCUGAAAUCACAUGCUCCACAAACUUGGCACGGCCAUUGUCACUAGAACUGCGAAGGCAUUUCCCCGACCAUACGGUCGUUGUGUACCUGGCCUUGAGUAAAACCGGAAUCACCAAAAAUACCACAGUGCCAGAAUUCAAGGACCGAUUGCAUAUAACGUCUGCCCAGCACAUUAAGCAUAACCAUAGCCUCACCUGGAGGCUGUCUCUGCUGGGGGUGGAGGACACAAACUUAUAUUACUGCCGCUGGACUUACAUCGUGAAUGAUACUGGAGAAGUGCGCAGCAUAGGGACCGUCAUCGUCGUUACAGAGAACGACCCCCUAUCAGAGAACGACCCCCAGGCCCAAUGCAGAGACUACAUAUUGGACCUGGUCCUGAUUGGCUUGUGUGUCACAGCAGUUGUUAUCAUUAUUUUCCUCUCCGUCGCAGCGCUGAUUCAGAGGUGCAAGCAAUUUAAUAAGGACUUCAGACCUGCCAGAGAUCCACCAGAAUCAGCAAGAGGUCGGAGGUCUUCCCGUGUCCAUCCGUGCGAGUACGACGUCCUGGAUGCCCCGUACUCAGACAUGCGAACGCUUCGUACACAGAGUAAUGCUUAGAACUUUAACACACAAAGUUUCCGCACAGAUCAGAUGACUGACACAGUGAUCUCUCGACACAGCGGCUCGCCUCGAUUUCUUUAUUGUAGCUAUUAGUGUUUUGUUUACAGAAAAAGAAUAUGAGUACCACAUCCUGGCUGAUGUGGUGUACUGUGUAAAAAAAAAAAAAAAUGAAAUGACAUGAAAGCAUGUUUUUUCCUGUUCUUCGUGAUGCUGAUUUUCUAUUCACGCUCUGUGUUGCUUGUUUCCUUUGUGACAAGCCAACUGCACGUUUUUUUGAUAUGUUUGAUUUGUACAUUAAAGUUUCUCACAAUCUG